UUUGUUUUGGUCUAUUGGUUAGUUAUGUUAGGACUGAUCCGUAAGACUGUGUCAGUCACAAAUAAUAUUUGUUACGUUAUGUCGCAGCACACUUUUUCACUAAAAUAAAUAAAAACUGAUUAUAUAUAAUUUAAAUUGGGACUUGUACUCUGUAGAUCGUAAUUAGUAACUUAUUUUAUUUUGUCUUCAAAAGGUUCCCUAGGUUAUGUUUAUAUACAGAACAUUUUUUACUGAUAUAUACGUUUAUAUAAGUUACGGAACUUUUUAAUUUAAUUUCAUGCUUCCCUGAGACCGAUCAUGCAUCUUGGAAAGACAUUGAAACCAACAAGUAUUUAUAAAUUUGCUAUCUCUAGUGUUCAGUUGAUAAAAUGCUAUAGUACUUCAAGUCCUACUAUAUUUGCAGUUUCUUCCGGGCAAGGAAAAUGUGGUGUUGCUGUCAUUCGGAUUUCUGGACCUCAGUCGAGCUCUGUUUUGUCAGAAGUGGCAGGUCUGAAAAAAUUACCUGAGCCAAGGAAAGCACUUUUGAGGCGACUUAGGCAUCCAGAGCUCAAUGAAAUCCUUGAUCAAGCAUUAGUGUUGUGGUUUCCAGGACCUCACAGUUUCACAGGAGAAGACAGUUGUGAACUGCAAGUGCACGGAGGUACAGCUGUGGUAUCUGCGGUCCUCGGAGCGUUGGCCACUCUACCAGGACUUCGGCCUGCGUUACCUGGAGAAUUUACAAAGCGUGCGUUCUAUUCGAACAAACUGGACCUCACGGGAGUAGAGGGGUUGGCAGACCUGAUACACGCGGAGACGGAGAUGCAGCGGAAGCAGGCUCUACACCAGAUGGAAGGGGCAUUGAGUCAGCGCUAUGACCAGUGGCGGGAUCGACUCAAGAGAUGCAUCGCUCAUGUAGAGGCAUAUAUUGACUUCAGUGAAGACCAAAAUAUUGAAGAAGAUAUUCUAGAGGAAACAAAUAAAGAGCUGAAGUCACUUCUGCAAGACAUGCAGAGGCAUCUGCAAGAUGGAAGGAGAGGGGAGCGAACGAGAGAUGGUGUCAGGACUGUCAUAGUUGGAGCUCCCAAUGUUGGGAAAAGUAGCUUACUCAAUGCUUUGUGCGACCGGCCCGCAGCAAUAGUCAGCUCGCAGCCCGGUACAACUCGGGAUGUCAUCUCCACCACACUGGACGUAGCAGGGUUCCCCAUGGUGCUUAGUGAUACGGCCGGCCUCAGGGGCAACACCAGUGAUCUUAUCGAGAAAGAGGGAAUUCUCCGAGCUCAUCAAACAGUUUCCGUUGCAGACUUGAUGCUUUUGGUCAUAGACGCGACUCACUACCAGACAUGGACCCGAGCCAACUCUACUGCUCAGACUUUUGGAGAUUUCCUACAAGAGUAUAUCAAAGAAUUGGGACUUGAAGAGCCAGUGUCACAAUGUGGAAAUAUCAAAAGAAUAUUUGGUGCUCCUGGAGAAAAAACAGAUCUGGGAAAUGUGUGUUUGGUUAUCUUUAAUAAAUUGGACUUGAUUGAAGACAGGACGUUUAUCAAUAACGUUUGUGAACAGUAUUUGGACUGUGUAACCGCAAUAUCAUGUAAAAAAAGUGAACACUUGGAACCGUUGCUGGAGAGAUUGAAAUUCUGCUUGGAAAUUCUGUGUGGUAAUCCAACAAGAGAAAAUGCCUCUCUAAGUCAGGCCCGCCACCGUUACCACCUGACUGCUAGUGUGGCAGCUCUGAGCCGGUAUCUGGAGAUGAGCGGGAAUGAGAGGGAAAUAGAUUUAGCAGCAUAUCAGCUGAAGCAGGCUCUCAACGCGUUGGGUCAUAUCACAGGCCAUGUAUCCACAGAGCAGAUCCUUGAUGUCAUAUUUAGGGACUUUUGUAUUGGAAAAUAAAGCGAUUUUCUAUA